AUGGCAGAACUUGUGGCAGCAUUGCAGGGAAUUUUUGAGGAUGAAGAUAAAUCAGACGCUAGUCAUGUUUAUUUAUCUUCCAGAAAUCACGCGAUAUAUGCUCAGAUCAGUGGUGUGCUUGCAUUUAGUACACUUCGUCAUGAAAAAAGUAGAAUUCGUGGUUAUGUGGAGACUGUCUACCGUCAAUACACCAUUGAUGAUUUCAAAGACCGUUUUCGAAUGAACAGAGACACAUUUGAAAAACUCUUACAUAUGAUGUCACCUUUUUUGAAGAACUCAAGGGGUGUACACCAGAUUACGGCUGAGAAAAAACUACUGUUGUUCAUCAAAUAUCUUUCUACGCAAACUACGUUUCAGCAACUAGCAGACAUCUUUGUUGUGUUUGAAACAAGUGUCCAUUCUGUUAUCCACGAUGUGUCUGAGAUAAUUUGCGUCAAACUUUUGCCCGAGUUGAUAAAAUGGCCAACAGGUAAGAAAGCCAAGGAGACAAUAGAUGGCUUUCAGCAACUAGCUGGCUUUCCUCGGAUAAUGGGCACUAUUGAUGGUAGUCACAUUCCCAUCCGUACACCGUCAGAAUUUCCAGAAAACUACAUUAAUCGUAAACAGUACCCUUCUAUUGUUUUACAAGCCGUGUGCGAUACUGUUGCACCCUCCAUCAGCUUUGUGUCCAGUGCAGAGAAGACCUGCUGGAUUACAUCACUGAAGGAAUUGGCUGAAGCUGACGAGGCUAACUAUUUUGAGAACUUCAUGCCACUUUGUAGCAGUGCAGAGAUGAAAAGAAAAACGAUUGUUUGCACUCUCAAAUGA